AUGUCGUCGAAGCCAAUCCCAGCAGACUUCCCAGCAUACUCUUUCCCCACCACCAAAGAACUAGAAGAAUUCUUCGAACGCGAGCACAAAACAGCCCCAGCAUUCUACCUCAAACUCGCAAAGAAGGCCUCCGGCAUCCCAUCAGUAAACGCAGCUGAAGCCGUCGAGACAGCUCUAUGCUUCGGCUGGAUCGACGGCUGGGGGAGAAAGAUCGACGAUAAAUGGUGGUUUGUACGAUAUACACCCCGCCGCGCUAAGAGCAUCUGGUCUCAAAAGAAUGUCAGCACGGUCCGGAGACUGAUAGAAACCGGUCGAAUGCGCCCUGCAGGGCUGGCUGUCGUGGAUGCUGCCAAAGCUGAUGGGCGUUGGGACCGCGCUUAUGCUGGACCGUCUAAUAUCACUGUGCCUGAUGAUUUUGCGGCUGCUUUGAAGGACGCACCGGAUGCGGCUACGUUCUUUGAGUCUUUCAAUAAGACAGACCGCUACUCGGUAUUGUGGCGUGUUCAGACUGCUUCGCCGACGGCAAGGGCGGGGAGGAUUGAGGCCUUGGUGCAGAUGCUUUCUGAGAAGAAGAGACCUACGCCAUUUACAAAGACUGUAGAAAAACGCAAAAUGGGCUCGGAAAAGGUUGAAGAUAAGAAAGUCGAAAAGAUCGCUAAGAAGAAGAUCAAAAAGGAGGCAUCAAAGCCAAGGCGCAGUGGUCUCAGAAGUGACCCUGACUUUAAAUCAUGA